AAGGAGUACUACGACAUCCACCUUCCAACGACUGUGAACAACCUGCGCGACUCGGUUGGAGCAGAUCUUCAGGAGUCCUUUACCAGGUAAAUGUGCAUUUUUAUUGUUUCUUUGUUUUCAGAUUCAUGAUGCCGGAAGGAGAAUCUGGUGUGCUUUGUUUUAUGCAUAUCUCAUUACGAAUUUAUUUCCUCGUCCUGGUGAUUUGACGCCCAUCGCAUGAACAUCUUUUCUGUAAUCGGACUCCAAAGGCGCUUAUUGCACGUGAUCACAGCAAAACGUCACGCAAAUUAAAAUCAGCUCAGUCAUUUGAAAUUCAGAUUAGAUAUCAAAACGGUUCUUUGAGUGAUCCAUGACUUUUUUGCAGUGGAAAUUAAAAAAAUUUUUGUCGCCUUUUAUUCAAACUUGAUUUGAACAAUUUCGCUUCUCCUGCCGUAUUUGAGAAGUGAAGGUAAUAAAUAGACUUUGACCCACUGAAUGGGUAUCAAAGAUUGUUCAACGUCCUGUUUGUUCUAAGGAUUAAGUUAGAGCAAAGGUCCCUUGUUUGGUUUACUUGUUUCUUCAAGACAAUCGUUCAACUUCUAAUAAAGAGAAAACGCUAAUAACAAAACCGAAAACACCUACACGUUGCGAGCAAAGACAAACAAAUAAACAAAAAUAUAAUGCGCUGAUCUACUCAGCUGGCAUGUAUUCAUCAGGAUGGUACCUAACGAGAAAUAUAUUUCACUGCUGAUAUCCUGAAACCUACAUACGCAUUGUGUAGCUAUAGAGACACCCACGAGAUCUUUAGCUGGUGUCCGCCUUAUGAACUUUAGUAUCCGACAGUAAAGUGAGGUGAAAAAACUUUAUUUCUCGUUUUUAGUUUUAUCAAAUAACUUUACGAUAAAUUAUCUGUUUUACCUAAAGCCCCUGCUUAAGAAUUUGAUUUACAUGAAAACAUAUCUAUAUCUAAAAUUAUACUAAGGAAAGAUCACACACUACAUAAACUAAGAAAGAAGAAAAUUUAUAAUGUUUAUGUAUGUAGUGUGUACUACUUUAUCUAAAAUAUUUCAAAGAGAAGUCUCUUUCUUUAGACUAGAAAGGAGAGAAUGUUAGAGUUAAACGCCUUGACAAGGCAAAAGUAUUUUUAAACUGAGGUUGUUCUUGCUUUUUAUCUAGAAAUUCAAAGGUAAUAAUUGUACAAUUUGGUUUAAAGAUUGAACAUGUCUAGCAGAUACAUAAGAAAGAAUGAGGCCGUUUCUUACUUUGAACAUCAUUACAACCGUAAUGUUGUCUCAUUUCAGAGGAUUUACUCAUAAUCGGUUAAGUUCGUUUGAGCCACCCACACCCCCUCACCUUACACACACACACACAUACACACACACUCCGAUUACAGUGGAGACAACUUAUACACUCGUCAUCUUCCACAACUCUUAAAUCUCAACUGCCAAAUCGAGAUUCGUGAUUCUUGUCGACCUUUUCCUCUUGUUUGAUGUCCCCUUUUCUGUCACAAGGGAAUGCAAUAUCAAUGAUGAGGCAAUUUUUGUUCUGUUUGUCCACCAACACGAUGUCGGGGAGAUUGUGGUCCAGUUUCUUCUCUCAGUUUAAAUAGAGAAAUUCCAAAGUGACUUGAAAUUCUCAUUAUUAUCAUUAUUACUAUUAUUAUUAUUAUUAUUAUUAUUAUUAUUAUUAUUAUUAUCUCUUUUAUCACAGUCUUUGCUGGUGUUCUUUUUGUGCAUCAGCCGGGCGCAAACCAUGCACCUAGAGCGUUAGUCACUCAAGUCAAUCAUUCUGUUCAUACACUGAGCACCUUUCUGAGGAUUCGCGCAGAUCCCAGCAUGCAGAUCUUUUGAAUCUCUGUCACAGUAGCUCUCUCUGAUACUUUCUUGAUGUUUUCUACCAUACCCUUCUUCACUCUACCAAGCGCACCAACAACCACAGGGAUCACUACGGUUUUUUAUAUGCCACAAUCUCUGUAUUUCUAGGUCUAGGUCUUUGUACUUGCUUUUUUUUUCAGUUUCCUUCAGUGCGAUGUUUCUAUCUGAUGGAACUGUCAUAUCAAUCAGUUUGCAGGUGGAAUUCACUGAAUCUUUAACGAUGAUGUCUGGUCUAUUCGCUGUUAUAGUUCUAUCAGUAUUGACUGGCAUGCCCCACAUGAUGGUGAUGUUGCUAUCUUUAUUGUGCAUCACGGUCUCUGGCUCGUGUUCAUACCAUUUGUCUGUAAUCUCUAUAUCAUGAUCUUUACAGAUGCUCCAAUGGAGAUAUGCUGCAGCAUUAUUGUGCCUGGAGAUAUACUCUGUUUUGGCUAAUACCUCACAUCCAGAUACAAUAUGGUCCACUGUCUCUUCAUGUUGCGAACACAUUCUGCAUUUGCUCUCCACUUGCUGGCCACAUAUUACUUUCUGGUAGUUUCUGGUGUUUAUUGCCUGGUUUUGAGCCGCUACAAGUAGUCCCUCUGUUUCUCCUUUCAAAUUACUUGACAACCAUUUGUUGGUAGUGACUGUGUCUAAAUGAGGCUUCUCUAGGAUCUUUGGAUACUGGCCAUGCAAUGCUUUAUUUUUCCACUUUUCUUCUUUCAUUGACUUCAUCUUGGACUUAAACUCGUGUUUCAGGGCUUUAGCAUUUUCAGAGGCAGAUUUAUCUUCUCUGUUCUCAAUCUCUGGCAUUGUUACUUCAAUUUUGAAUUUAGUAGCAUUUUUGGAUAUUGAAUUUUUGGCUUUAGAUCUUUCAUGAUCAAGCACCUGCUUUAGAUAUUGCCCUUCUUUGUGCUUCAGAUAGUGAUCAAGCCCUAUUGUUGCUGUUUUGAAUGCUGUUUCUACAUCAAUCAGGCCCCUACCUCCAUCUUUUCUUGGGAUGUACAGCCUUUCCACAUCUGCUUUAGGAUGUAACAUCUUGUGCAUGUUCAAUAGUUUGCGUGUUUUUGUGUCAAUCUUCUUCAGUUCUGAGAUUUUCCAGGCAAUGAUGCCAAAGCUAUAUUGCACAACUGGAACUGGAACUGCAAGACUACUGAUAGCUUCUAUUUUGUUUCUUCCAUUGAGCUCAGUUCUUAGGAUUAAUCUUACUCUCCUAUUAUAUUCUUUUCUUAUCUUCUCUUUCAUUUUGCUAUGCUGGAUACCAUUACUUUCAUCUACACCCAGGUAUUUGUAUACUCCUUCCUGGGCCAACUCUUGUAUUUCUGUGUCAUCAUCUAUUACUAUGUUUCCAGUUGAGGCCAGUUUACCCUUCUUGAAACUGGCUUUGGCACAUUUCUCAAGUCCAAAUUCCAUACCAAUAUCAUCACUGAAUUGUUUCACUAUUAUUACUAUUAUGUCGCAGUAUGAAACUUUGCAAUGCUGUCCACAUUAUGAGUAGUAUAGGGCGCAUAGCGUAACCUACACCACUUGAGAAGCUAUACUUAGAACUAAAAAAAGGUCGAUACGAAACCUAAUACAAUCCUAAAAUACAUAGUGAUAUGAAUGUCUCUACUUAAAAAGCCAAUUUAGAAUAUUAUUAUAUUCUGAUACUCUGUAAAACCUUCGCUAUCUCUAUUAAAAGCUUAUACAUAGUGAUAUAAAUCUCUCUACUUAAAAAGCCAAUUUAGAAUAUUAUUAAAUUCUGAUAGUCUGUAAAACCUUCGCUAUCUCUACUAAAAACUUAUUUAUAAUAAUAUCAAACUCUAAUGUUCUAAAACAUCUAAGUAAAAACGUCAGCAAGCUUGUGUUUCUAGAUUUCUAGAGAAAAAACAAGAACCUAAAAACUGUCCAUAGCGCCCUAACUAAGUAUUUAUCUUAAAUGUUCUGGCAAUGUUUAAAGUGUUUGAGAUGACCGACUUCUGCAUCCGCUCAAGUACGCUCCGUGCUCUCGCUCCAAGUAGCUUCCUCACCGACUUCUCUAGGUGUUUAGAGUAACCCCCCAGUACGCCAAUUAUUACGUUGUACUGUUCAACCCUGUAACCAUUGUAUCUCUGCUUCAGCUCCCACAUCAUGGGCCCAUACUUGAGUGUCUUUUCUUCAUCUUUCUUAGCUCUACUCUCAAUCCAUGGGCAGCUCAUUUCAAUUGGGCAGACUUCUUUCCUCUCGUGGCUGACAAGUCGCGCGUCGAUCCAAUUAUUAUCCGAUUAUCCGAUUAUUAUUAUUAUUAUUAUUAUUAUUAUUAUCCUCAUUAAACUUCUGGAUGGCUUGCUCGAGUCUUUAAUAAACAUCAUGCCACCGCACGUGACCUUAAAUGUAAAAGACUUUGCGAAGGAUUCUGGCUGUACCCAGUAAGCAUGCCUUCUGCAGUGAUUCCAAACGACAUGUGACACCAAUCUCUACCAACCACUUUUCUAUAUCUUUCGAGACAGUCAUGCAGCAACAGGGAGCUUAAGCACCAGACGUUCUUGAUUCACGAACGGCAUGGCUGGCCGCGAAGAACUGGAUCGGGGACGCAGUUUGCGUGCCAAAUGUAAAUCAUUAAGCAAAACAACGUGAAACAAUCACGAACGCCGGCAGAAUAAUUCAGUUGAAAAUGCCUUUCAAAGAUUCGCGUUAAGUUUUGUUUCUUUCUUACGAAGAAAACAUUAUUUUAGGCGAAACGUUUUCUACUAUUAUAUGACGAAUACUCUUCGAAGAACCCAGAAUUUGAGCCCCUGGUUUCAACCUGAGAACUCGCGUUUUGAAGUCCGCGACCACAGCUCAAGAACGUCUUGACAUGCGCAGUGACUGUCUUGCUGCAAAAAUACUUCCGGUUGGCGUCCGUGGUACCAAGAACGUCUGGUGCUGAAGUUCCCUAAUUAUGAUUGGCACCACAGUUACUUUGCACAAUUUUUCAGAUCCGUUUCAACUCCCGCUUCAGGACUUGGUAGUUCCCAAUUUUCUCCCUCUCUUUGUCGUUCACUCGGAUGUCAAAUGGGCAAGCAACAUCUAUAAUCAGGCAUUUGCGUUCUAUCAGUAUCCAAUACCGUAAUAUUAGACUUGUUGUGUUCAAUCUUGUUGUCAGUCUGUAUUUUGAAGUCCCACAUGCACAGCACCUGCACCCUGCACCCUGCAUCGAAAUUUACGCCAAAAUUUGACGUCAGGAAAAGAGACAACAAAUCCAUUCCACAAUACCAUGAGAGCUCUGUGAAUGCUCCACUCGCUAAAACGCAACGAAGAAUGGGACGCAUUAAGGUGACAGAGGAGGAUUACAAAAUGUUUGUUGGCAAGGAGUUGAGUCGGAAACGAAGGAAAUAAUUUAAAGACCAUGGGGAGGUUGUUGGUGCUAUUAUACAUACUCGAAAAUUAAUCCCGGUGAUUAGUGAGAAACAGUUUUUUUUUUUACACAAACCGUAAGAAUCACAGAAUUACUUCAUUUAACAACCAAGACAAUCAAUUCAGAUCAGCCAAGAUUAUUUCGAUCUUAAAUAAAAGCGCCUCAGUAUGUAUAUUUAUCACUGGCCGACAACAAUUGAACCAAAACAGUUCCCUUGAUGCGUUGGAAACCGAGGAUUAACAUAAAAUUUACUGCUCUGAAAUGUACAUAGCUUAGUGUUAUUCAUGUGAGUCAAAUGUUGAAAUAAUCCUAUAAAGUGCUUUACUUUUUAAGAUAUAUAAAUUUUUUUGAUGGUUUUUUAUUCUGUUUCCGAUUAACACUCGAUCAAUAACUAUUAUCCCUCGGCUGGAUUUUUUUAAGAGCCAUCCCAUUAUCGCUCUUAAUUUUUUAUAAAGCUUAGGUCCGUCUUACGCCUGUAAGUACAUUGUAAAUGCGCGAAUAAAAAUUCUCGAAUAUAGCUUUCAUGUGAUUAUUUUAAAUUCUUUACGAUUUUAACAUGAAUCUCGUUAUAAAAACUCGAAGCCUUAUCAAAUAAUUUGCUGUUGUGGGUAACAUUUCAUUUUUCUUUCAAGUCCAUGUGGUUGCAUGACUUUGCUUACUGAGACACUUAUGAUUGACCUGAACUGAUCUAGACGUUUAUGCCAUCAGAGUCAUUGACUGUUCUUUGCUGAUCUUGGUUUUUUUAUAUUAUGUCCAACGUCCAAGACUAAGUUAUUGUAGAAAAAGCUUGAAGUUUGCUCCUCAGGCAGUGUAGCGUAAGGAAACAUGUCAAUCCGAAGCACACUACCCUGAUUCGUGCUCCGUUUUGCGUUUUUAUCCACCUGGCGACUUCGUCUUGCAUGGUGCUUAAAACACCGCAAAAAAAGACUUGGUAAAUAUCCAACAAUCUCAGUUACCUUACGCUUCGUCCGCCAAUAACGCAUAAUUUUAUAGAGAAAGAUGACUUAUCCGCACGGUAAACUUAAAACGGGUCAAGAGAGUAUUGAUAUUGAAGGCAAAUACGACAAAAAUCCGAGUAAGAAUCUGCAUUUUCCCACGUAAACCUAAACAGGACCAUACUUUAAAAAUAGUAACUGGAACAAAUUUAGGCUAUUUAGAUUGCUAACUCUGAGGAAAACUAAAAAAUUCGUUGUAGCAAAGAGUAUUUAGUGAUAUUCAGCUCAGAUUCCUUGUAUAAAAUCUGCAUACCAUUACAUAAUUAUUUUGCAGUUGGAGUGGUGAGGCACUUUAAAAAGGAUCCUGAAUGUUUACUUACCUUAUUUGCCUAAGCGUACAGAAUUUCUUUAUAGAUUUAAAAAAUAGGAACUUGUUUCAUAUUUUAGUCUAAACUGGUUCAUGGAUAGAGCGAGCCUAAAUGGCAAAUUUUAGCCCAACAGGUUCUUAAAAACCAAGUUCUUACUCGCGGGUUUUCACUGUACUCAGCCAUCUAUACCGAAAAAGAGUGAUCAAGGAAGGACCAUUUUCUACCCGGGAUUGUUCUGUCCGGGGUAUUAUAGAUAUGGCCAAAUCGAGUGGACAAGACAGGGACGGGCCAUCUCCCCAAGCUGGGGUCAGAAUACAUGAUUUGCUUCAUCUUGCGCGCCGAUAUUAUAAAGCCUGUAAGAAUUGUAAGAAGUAACCUCUCCCCCCACCCUACAAGAAUAGAUUGGAAUGUCAUUCUCCCGGUAGAAGCCCCGUAAAAGGAAGUAUUUAGAAACGUCAUGCAAUCAAUCGGCUGUUUGUCUUGGAAUGCGCAGAGAGAAAACAUUGCAGGCAUUUUCUUGUUUGCCUUUGAACAGAUCGUUUUGAGCAGUUCCCUGACGGGCUACAUGCUGAACUUCAUACUUCGUAAAGAGAAACAAGGUAACCUAAUUUCAUGAAUUUUUGCGAGAACUAGAUUUUCUGUUGUUUAAUACAAUACAUCAACAACAACAAGUUUAUUCAGUAUUACCAUUUUGUACAGGUGUUACCGAUUAAAAUAGCAAUAAGCAGCUGAAUUUAAGGAAAUGAAGAUAUAAUGGAAUGGUAGAAUUAACUAUGUUUCUUUCGUCUUUCAAAUGCUUGAAAGAUGAAAUUAGCAGCUAGCCUGCUGAUAGGUGAAUCAGUAUUGUUAAAAAGAAAACCGAAUUUAUCAUGGAUAUUGUAAUUUGUAAAUAGUGUAUUUCGGUCGUUGAUUUUGAUAAAAAGAGUCUUUCUCAAAUCAUUGUAUUGAUCACACUGAAAUAAUAUGUGCAGUUCAUUUUCAACCGAAUUUUGGUUGCAAUGAUCACAGAUUCUAAGGUCUUCAGGAGUUUUGGGGAUUGUAAAUCUUCCAGUUUCUAUUUUCAAAUUAUGAUUUUCUAUCCAAAAUUUGGAAGCUACACGCCUAUGUUCAGGAUUCCGGAUAUGAUUGAUGAAUUCAGAGUAAUUUGUUUCAUUUUUAAAGAUGGAGUAGAAUUUUAGUUUUUUAUUUAUUAAUUAUACGAUAAUUACUGCCCAGACAAAGUAGCGUCUGCUCCUGAAAAGGCUGAAAAGGACUGCAAAGAAUUACGUUUAAGGCAACAGAAAAUAUUUAGGAGAACCAGGAAACAAAACGCUGUCAACAAUUUCUGUUUUAGGAAUCAAGAAACACACUUAGUCAAGGUAUUACAAGUCGGUAGCUUCAGAGCAUUAAAAGGAGUACUACGACAUCCACCUUCCAACGACUGUGAACAACCUGCGCGACUCGGUUGGAGCAGAUCUUCAGGAGUCCUUUACCAGGUAAAUGUGCAUUUUUAUUGUUUCUUUGUUUUCAGAUUCAUGAUGCCGGAAGGAGAAUCUGGUGUGCUUUGUUUUAUGCAUAUCUCAUUACGAAUUUAUUUCCUCGUCCUGGUGAUUUGACGCCCAUCGCAUGAACAUCUUUUCUGUAAUCGGACUCCAAAGGCGCUUAUUGCACGUGAUCACAGCAAAACGUCACGCAAAUUAAAAUCAGCUCAGUCAUUUGAAAUUCAGAUUAGAUAUCAAAACGGUUCUUUGAGUGAUCCAUGACUUUUUUGCAGUGGAAAUUAAAAAAAUUUUUGUCGCCUUUUAUUCAAACUUGAUUUGAACAAUUUCGCUUCUCCUGCCGUAUUUGAGAAGUGAAGGUAAUAAAUAGACUUUGACCCACUGAAUGGGUAUCAAAGAUUGUUCAACGUCCUGUUUGUUCUAAGGAUUAAGUUAGAGCAAAGGUCCCUUGUUUGGUUUACUUGUUUCUUCAAGACAAUCGUUCAACUUCUAAUAAAGAGAAAACGCUAAUAACAAAACCGAAAACACCUACACGUUGCGAGCAAAGACAAACAAAUAAACAAAAAUAUAAUGCGCUGAUCUACUCAGCUGGCAUGUAUUCAUCAGGAUGGUACCUAACGAGAAAUAUAUUUCACUGCUGAUAUCCUGAAACCUACAUACGCAUUGUGUAGCUAUAGAGACACCCACGAGAUCUUUAGCUGGUGUCCGCCUUAUGAACUUUAGUAUCCGACAGUAAAGUGAGGUGAAAAAACUUUAUUUCUCGUUUUUAGUUUUAUCAAAUAACUUUACGAUAAAUUAUCUGUUUUACCUAAAGCCCCUGCUUAAGAAUUUGAUUUACAUGAAAACAUAUCUAUAUCUAAAAUUAUACUAAGGAAAGAUCACACACUACAUAAACUAAGAAAGAAGAAAAUUUAUAAUGUUUAUGUAUGUAGUGUGUACUACUUUAUCUAAACAUAUCCAAAACCUGGAUAACGGAACAUCUCGACUCUGUAGUGAAUGGCUCUAUUCGAAAAUGGCUUGAUAUUCCGAUAUCUGGAACACUGAGCAAUGUUUUCCUAGAACGCAAUAAAUUUGGUCUUAAUAUUUGUCCUCCCUCCAUUAAAUUUACUCAGUGCCAAACAGUUCUCCGAAAUUCAUUGAAAGAGUCACCAAAUGAUUCCUUAAAUGAUUUCUCGAAAUCGUCAAGCUGUCACACUAAUAUUCAAUAUGAUGUGUACAAAUCCACUAAGGAAGUUCUGGAAGAUUUCCGUUCUAAUCAAGGGGAUAAACUGCAACACCACCUAACAUCUCAAGGUUUCUUCUUCUCAAAAUGUUAUCAACUACUCAUUGUCAUCUUUAAAUUCUAUUUGGUCAGAGGCCCAGUCUCAUCUACCCAAGGACAUUUACAAUUUUACCAUCCGCUACAUCAACAACUCCCUCCCUGCACGUAAGAAUAUGGCAAGAUGGGGAUUAUCACAAAGUCCUGAUUGCUCUAACCUGAGAUCAGGCUCUAUUUUCGUUUCGCUUUGAAAAUUACAUUCCGGCGGGCAAGACGAAACGAAAAGAGAGCCUGAUACAAACCUUUAAGGAAAUGUCUGCCGCCCACUUUUUUGAUUGAUUGACAUUUGCCGAAUCAGCCAAGCAGAAUUACUUCCGUUGCUUGUUUUUCUAGUAUGCAAAUUUUUCACGCGUAGGAAAAAUGCAGACUGACUGACUUAAAAAAUAGCUUUUAUCUGUUAAUCAAAAUGCACCUUGUUAGCGGUCAACAACUUGCAGAGGGAUUCAACUCCGCGAUACACUCUCUUUCCGUAAAUAAAGCAAAUCCUGAGAAGAUAUGAACAACCACAUGAAUUUUCUGAAUUUCCAUGGCACAUAUUGAGGCAUCUUUUCCUACCAUAAGACCAUAAAAGUUUUAUGGUCUUAUGGUAGGAAAAUAUGCCUUAAAAAGACAGCAAAAUCGAUCCUUGUCUCCACCGACGACGGAUCACUCACGGAAACAACCACGCGACGAAUAAGCGCUUUCAACUUCCGGCGUUUCCAACAGCCAAUCAGAUCUUGUGGCAUUGUUCUAACAGCCAAUCAGCGUUACGGUCAAAAUCUGGCCGUAACGAGCACAAACUUGUAAUAGUUUGUAUCAGGCCCAAUUUCAGCGGUAGCCGUUAGAGAGAAUCAGGGCGGAUAAAGGUAAAGGUUGGGCGGUGAAACGAGCGCUCCGCUCUUCAUUUGAUGUGUGAUGCGGAGUAGGACUGGCACGAGCGCUCUUUCCGCCCUUCCGGUGUUUUGCAAACCGGAAAUCCUAUUUUCUUUCUGUAAUUUCAGGCUACAAUGUUAAAUAGAUAAAUUCGUUUCAUAACAAUAUCAAUAAACAGUUUCAUAUGUUUGUGUCUGUAUGCCUACAAGUCAAACUUGUUGGUCGUAUAAUGCCAAAAUUUGAGUUUAAUUUGAAAGUGUUGAAUACCUUCUCCUUCCACUUUCGCCGUUUCGCUUGCAAAAGCUUAACAUUUCUUAACCUCAAUUUUUACAUAUGUUAAAGGGGGAUAAAUUUUAUACAACAUAACAAAAAAUUAGAUUGAUGUAUUUUGAUACAGUGACGUUGUACCGCUUCAAACUUUGCUUCUCGGGUGCAACGCGCCAUGGCGAUUCGCGCAAUGCGUUGCAAAUCCGGCAACCGCAUGUAAGCAAAUUUUAUUGAGGUUAGUUGUAAGGUUUUUUCUCCGUUUUUCUCUCUAAAUCAAAACAAGGUAAACAGUAAAAACUGAGGGGAAACUAAUUUUGAAGUUUCGAAGAAACAGAAAGACGUAUGAGAUGUUUUUUUCAAAAUUAAAAAGGAUGAUGGUGAUUGAAAUUAGCAUAAUUUCAGCUUACACCAGCUGCACGCAUCAGAGGCGGCCCAGACGUAGUAUGUGUCGCUGAAUGAAUAUAUUAAUAUUCACAUGGACAAAUUAAUGCGAUGAGUCGUCGAAACUCCCAUGAACUAAAAUAGUCUAAAAGUCAAAAUAUAACAAAACAAAGCUAAGAUACCUUCAACUGAACGUAUCCUUGUCUUUCCUGGCCGGUUUAAGUGGCAUUUUGUUGAGUUUUGCAGUUGUAGGUACUAUCCACUAAAGAACAAUUAAAGGCUGGCUACAAAACAAACAGGCCAUCUCCACGUGCCUUCACACGAAGCGCUAUAAAUUCGAGAAUAAUCGACAAAUCAACUCCAAAUUGCCAUCGGCUAAUCUGCAGGUAACGUGUGCUCCUGCUUCUGGCUCGCUUGCUCCACAAAACCCAUCGCAACUGCACAAUAAUUGCUCGCUCAUCAACAACCACUGUUGACCUUUACGCUUCGAUAUGACCGCAAACGACCAGGUUUAAUACGCGACGUGAAUAUUCAAGCUUAGCGACCGCGUUCGCGCAACAAUGCAGCACUUGCUAUGGGAGGGAUGGUACUAUUGCUUCUAGGUCAAUCGACUGACCGAAGGUUCGCUGCGUUAGUUUUGACCAGAAAACAAAAGGCGAUCGCGGGACCGUCCGUAAGUUUUCAACAGGGCAGCCCUGGUUUUCAAGUUCGAAUUCUUCUGACGUUCGCUGUCUCAGCUGCUGUCAGAUUGUUCGUCCUGCCGCUUGCAUAGGUUCUUGACUCUACCAGACUUAUUUGCUUAGAUUAACAACGUCUUACUCCAUAAUAUGUUGUCCAAACUGGUGAAGGAGGACGAGAAUUUUCCGCCCAGGAAAAAGGCAAAAUCUGGCCCCCGCUAUGCAGCUGAAUAGAAGAUACAGCUGAAGAUAUCGUAAAGUAAAAUUUAUGUGCGCGAUAUCUUUUAUUAUUAUUAUUAUUGUUCUCAAAACUCAGGGGCACACCCAACGAUGAUUUCCCCCUAAAUACAUUGAAAACACAUUUAAGGCUGUCCAGAGUACUUUUGAUCGAAAAAUGCAUUCUAAACAGCGCUUACAUAAAUUUAGUCAGGAGGGCUAAAAGCGAAGCUAAUGAUUUAUAGUUUGCUCAUACUAAAUAUAAAAUAUAUCGUGUAAUGCUAAGCGGAGAAGGCAACGAGACGGGGCCACCCAACGACUGUUUCCUCAAAUACUUUCAAUUGAAAACACUUUUGUAGCUAUUCAUAAAGUACUUUUAGCUCUAUAGAAAUGCAUUCUAAGUGGCGCUAUAAAAUUUGCAUCUCAGUGUUCGGCCAUUCUAGAGGAACUUGAGUCUUUUCGAAAUUACGAGGAUUUCAGAAUUAUUUUCCCGAAAAUUUUAGAUGCAAUUUAACGUAUUACGAAGGAGAUAUUUUUUCAGAUACCUUCUUUCAUCACAUUUUUGAAUCCGAAAAUUUUAGGAUUCCAUUUUACUCUCUACGAAAAAUAGCCUAACCCGGUGAGUGAAAUGUGAAAAAUUAAAAGUUGGAUGCCCUUGACCAGAACUGUGAAAAACAACAAUAGGUCUAAUUGCAGCACACUUUCUUGUACAUUUCCUUGCCGUUGAUUUGCAUGACUGCAACGUAAAACGUCCAGAAAACUUCCUGGUUUUCACUUUUUAUGGAGAAAAUGUGGUACAUGUUCUUGUUCACUUUUUCCACUGCCGCUCAUUUUUUUUAGCUCCGCUAUAAGAUUCGUAUCUGUUCGGUGCUCCUAGGGCAAAUUGGAUCUUUUUAAAAAUUACAAGGGCUUCAAUAUUAUUUUCCCGAUUGAUUGACCUAGAAGCAACAGUACCAUCCCUCCCAUAGCAAGUGCUGUAUUGUUGCGCGAACGCGGUCGCUAAGCUUGAAUAUUCACGUCGCGUAUUAAACCUGGUCGUUUGCGGUCAUAUCGAAGCGUAAAGGUCAACAGUGGUUGUUGAUGAGCGAGCAAUUAUUGUGCAGUUGCGAUGGGUUUUGUGGAGCAAGCGAGCCAGAAGCAGGAGCACACGUUACCUGCAGAUUAGCCUAUGGCAAUUUGGAGUUGAUUUGUCGAUUAUUCUCGAAUUUAUAGCGCUUCGUGUGAAGGCACGUGGAGAUGGCCUGUUUGUUUUGUAGCCAGCCUUUAAUUGUUCUUUAGUGGAUAGUACCUACAACUGCAAAACUCAACAAAAUGCCACUUAAACCGGCCAGGAAAGACAAGGAUACGUUCAGUUGAAGGUAUCUUAGCUUUGUUUUGUUAUAUUUUGACUUUUAGACUAUUUUAGUUCAUGGGAGUUUCGACGACUCAUCGCAUUAAUUUGUCCAUGUGAAUAUUAAUAUAUUCAUUCAGCGACACAUACUACGUCUGGGUCGCCUGUGCACGCAUUUAUAAAAUACACGUCAUCUGGUUAUGAAACACGAUCUGCUGUCUUUUAGUUUUGCCAUGGAUGACAUGGAUGAGAUUUUCCUUCGUGUUUUAGACAAUACUUAGUUGUUUUUGUUUUGGAAUAACAUCGAGAUUGGCGAGUAGCAGAACGAAAAUAUAGUUCAGUGGUAGAGUCAUGGAAAUAAUAAAGCGAUGUUUGUCUACUCAAACUAAACCUCCCUCAAAAAUAGCAACAUUUGCCUCUCCGAGACAGCGUACCAGCACAAAGGAACGAGGAAGAAGUGCAAGAAAACAAGUCAAGCUACCAUAAUUCAGUGACAGCGGCAGUGUCUAAUGGACCGAAACCACAUCGCAAGCCCCGACCGAAGUCGAAAACAAGCGACUUUUCUAAGCAGAGUCCCAGUCCACUGCAUCACACCUUUUUGCGCGGACGCGCUCGUUUCACCGCCCAACCUUUAUCCGCCCUGGAGAGAAUGUAUGAGAACCGCUCAAAUUGGGCCUGAUCUCAGGUUAUGAUUGCUCCUUUUGCCUUAAUCCUGAAUCACUCCUUUAUGUUGUCGCUGGUUGUCAACAGUACCUUGAUCGCUUUACCUGGAGACACGACUCAAUCGUUAACUUCAUUGCCAAGUCACUUAAACCUGUAAUUAAUGUUCACUCUUCACUCUAUGCAGAUGUUAAUGGUUUUCUGAAUCCCUCAAUAAUAACUGGUGAAAAUUAUCGUCCAGAUCUUCUUUUCCUAAUCCAGUCCAAGUGCCUAUAUGUUCUAGAAUUAACAGUUGGUUUCGAGUCUAACCUUAACAACAAUACAGUGCGUAAGAAAGAAAAAUAUCUGAACUUGAUCAACGAAAAAAGUAGAAAUUACAGAUGUGUGAGAUUUGUAAAUCUCUCCAUGAGUUCCCUUGGCGUUUUCUCCGAUGAAUGCUCCACGUUCUUAGACAUGAUGAAUGACAUUGGCAUCGACAAAAAGCAGCAACGUUAUAUAAUAAAGAAAAUGAUAAAUAUAGCCAUUAGAGCAACAUAUUACAUCUUUUGUUGUAGAAAUAGGAACUGGGAUAGCCCAGACUUAAUGCAAUUUUGAAGGUUUUUUUUUUUUUUUGGCUUUUGUUUUGUUUUGUUUUUGUUUUUGUUUUUGUUUUUUUUUUCCUUUUUAAUAAUCCAAUCUCAAGCAGUAUUUGUAAAUUGCGUAUACGUAGCGAGAUUUACGAUUGUACAUUCAAAAACACAAAUAAAGAUUCCAUUAUUAUUAUUAUUAUUAUUAUUAUUAUUAUUAAACUUCUGGAUGGCUUGCUUGCCACCGCCCGUGACCUUAAAUGUAAAAGACUUUGCGAAGGAUUCUGGCUGUACCCAGUAAGCAUGCCUUCUGCAGUGAUUCCAAACGACAUGUGACACCAAUCUCUACCAACCACUUUUCUAUAUCUUUCGAGACAGUCAUGCAGCAACAGGGAGCUUAAGCACCAGACGUUCUUGAUUCACGAACGGCAUGGCUGGCCGCGAAGAACUGGAUCCGGGAAGCAGUUUGCGUGCCAAAUCAUUAAGCAAAACAACGUGAAACCAUCACGAACGCCGACAGAAUAAUUCAGUUGAAAAUGCCUUUCAAAGAUUUGCGUUAAGUUUUGUUUCUUUCUUACGAAGAAAACAUUAUUUCAGAGGAAACGUUUUCUACUAUUAUGUGACGAAUACUCUUCGAAGAACCCAGAAUUUUAACCUCUGGUUUCAACCUGAGAACUCGCGUUUUGAAGUCCGCGACCGCAGCUCAAGAACGUCUUGACAUGCGCAGUGACUGUCUUGCUGCAAAAAUACUUCCGGUUGGCGUCCGUG